AUGAAAACGAACAACCCACUCAGCACCGCGGUGGUGUCAUCAGGGUCGAGUGAGUCUGUAAGUGCAAAUUGUCUACCAAACUACCACCAUAACUUCACCUAAUCUGAGCAGUUAGGGCGAAAAUGGCGACGAUCACCACAGCUCCACGAAGUAGACGACUACCCACUUUUCACAUUUGCCGUAAACUUUUCAGCACGACUCAAGCUCUCAACAAUGGCGAAAACCAAGAAGAAAAUGGAGCUGAAAUUGAAUCGGCAAUGGUGAAUGAUCUAACCUCUAUACUCCGUGAAAAACCCCAAAAUUCAUGGAAAAACGCAAUUGACAAAUUCUCCUUGAAUGGAAACCUCAAACUUCAACCUCGCCAUGUCGAAAAAUUAUUACUCCAAAAUUUAGAUAACCCUAGAUUAGCUCUUCGUUUUUUCAACUUCUUGGGUCUUCAUUACAAUUUUUCUCAUUCAAUUGCAUCGUUUUGUAUACUUGUUCAUGCCCUAGUAAAUUCAAAUUUAUUCUGGCCUGCGUCUUCUCUUUUGCAAACCCUAAUUAAUCAGCACCAUCGUCAUUACCUUGAUCCAACUCAGAUUUUUUAUGAGUUUUCUCGGGUGUUUAAAGAUUUUGGGUUCUCUUCGUUUAUGGGUUUUGAUUUGUUGAUCCAGAAUUACGUGAAUAGCAAAAGGGUAUUAGAUGGAGUUGUUAUUCUUAAGCUUAUGGUGGGGAAUGGAUUUGUUCCUGAGGUUAGAACUCUUAGUGCUUUAUUUCAUGCAUUAGUUGGAAUUCGACGAUUUCGUGUAGCUAUUGAAUUGUUUGAUAAGAUCUUCAAUGAUUUUGAUUGCAUUCGUCCUGAUGUUUAUGUAUAUACUGCUAUUAUUCGUAGUUUGUGUGAAUGUAGAGAGUUAGAUAGUGCAAUUGAGACCGUUCGUCAUAUGGAAGUGAGUGGGUGUGAGUUAAGUGUUGUACCAUAUAAUGUGCUGAUUCGUGGGUUGUGCAAGAAAAAUAGGGUUUGUGAAGGAAUUGAAAUUAAGUGUUCACUUGGUCAAAAGGGUUUGAGUGCUGAUGUAGUUACAUAUUGCACGUUAUUGCUUGGAUUAUGUCAUGGUGGAGAGUUUUUGAGGGCGGUGGACAUGACAAGAGAAAUGGUGGAAUUGGGUUUUGUUCCUAGUGAGGGUGUGGUUUCUGUUAUUAUUGAAGGGCUUAGGAAGAAAGGGAAGAUAGAUGAUGCUUUUAAUUUGGUUAAUGAAUUGGCCGGGCUUGCAGUCGUGCCAAAUGUGAUUGUAUAUACUGCUUUAAUCAAUUCUCUUUGGAGAGAUGGUAAACUUGAACAGGCAGAGUCACUGUUUCAGAGUAUGGAACAGAGAGGUUUGGCCCCAAAUGAAGUUACUUUUUUGGCUAUGAUUGAUUCAUUCUGUAAGCAAGGAAGGCUUGAUGACGCGCUUAGUUUACUUACUAAAAUGUCAGAUUCGAAAGUAAAAGUUACAGACUAUGCUUACAAUUCAUUGAUUCACGGGCAUUGUAAGUUUGGGAAGUUGAACAUUGCUGAGUUUCUUUAUAAAGAAAUGAUGAGCAAGAAACUGGCACCAACUGUGGUUACUUAUACAUCCUUGAUUAAUGGAUAUUGCAGAGGAGGAGAGCUUGAUAGGGCAUUUGGGUUCUUUCAUGAGAUGAUAGGGAAGGGCAUUGCACCCAAUACAUAUACAUAUACUGCACUAAUCUGUGGUCUUUGCCGUGCAAGGAGGAUCGAUGACGCUAUUGAUUUAUUCAAGGAAAUGGUUGGGAAAGGUGUCAUUCCUAAUGAGGUGACUUUUAAUGUUAUGAUUGAUGGCUAUUGUAAGGAAGGUGAUAUCACAAGUGGUUUUCAAUUACUGGACGAAAUGUUAAAAAGCGGCCUUGUUCCAGACACGUACACCUAUAGGUCCUUGAUAUCUGGCCUGUGUUCCGCUGGCAGAGUGUAUGAAGCCAAAAACCUAGUGGACAAUCUUCAUAAGGAAAACUUUGAAAUGAAUGAGAUGUGUUUCAGUGCCCUUUUGCAUGGGUACUGCAAAAAGGGAAGAGUACAAGAUGCAUUGUGUGUUUAUGGUGAGAUGUUAGAGAGGCAAAUCAAAAUGGAUCUUGUCUGUUAUUCAAUACUUAUUGAUGUUACACUGAAACAGAAUGAUAGAGAAAGAUUAUUGCUGAUCUUAAAGGAGAUGAAUCACAAGGGAUUGAAACCUGAUAAUGUGAUCUAUACAAGUAUGAUUGAUGCCUACACUAGAGCUGGAAAUCUUAAGAAGGCAUCCCAACUUUGGGAUAUAAUGGUUAGUGAAGGAUGUGAACCCAAUGUUGCCACCUAUUCUGCAUUUAUCAAUGGCUUAUGUAAACUGGGAUUUGUAAAUAAAGCAUAUAUAAUGUACAACAAAAUGCUCACAAAUGACACCAAUCCUAAUCAGAUUACUUAUAGCAGCUUUCUUAGCUAUUACACCAGCAUAGGGAAUAUGGAUAGUGCUUUACAGCUUCAUAAAUUGAUGCUUAAGGGGGGUUUAGCCAACACAGUGACAUUCAACAUAUUGAUACAUGGGUUUUGUAAACUUGGUAGGAUUGAGGCGGCGUUAGAGCUUAUAGGAGAGAUGAUAGAAAGUGGUAUUAAACCCGAUUGCGUAAGCUAUUCCACUAUAAUGUACGAGUACUGUAAAGCUGGUAAUAUGCAAGAAGCUUUUAGGAUAUGGGACUCUAUGCUAAGUGAGAGCUUAGUUCCUGAUGCAGUGGCUUAUAAUUUCUUGAUAUCUGGCUGCCGUUUGUCUGGAGAUGUCGAGAAGGCUGCUUUGUUGAGGGAUGACAUGAUAAGAAAAGGCAUAGAAAAUAUUACAAUUCCAUAACAUUUUUUGUAUUUGGUGGUCAAUGGACUCUAAGAGGCAUGCACAUGUUCUGCUGUUAGACGUCUUGGCCGCUACUUGGUUCAGAGGCACGCCCUAAAGCGAGUGCCUUGGUUGGCGAUGGGUUGGGCCCCUAGAUAAGGCAAGGUGUUUCUUCAAGGCAAACGCCUCACAUCGCUCUAUUGUGCGUAAGGUGAGCAUUUUAGAGUACCUUUUGGUCUUGGUCUCAAAAGAAGCCCAUUUAAUGCCAGCACUUAUUCGUUACCUGUAUUCUUUCUCCUUUUUGUUUGUUCUUUUCAAAGAACAGUGAAUGAUUCCAGGGAGGAUAUAUCAGAGUGAAAGCAACUACAUUUAGAUACUCUGGAUAUUGAAUGUUUCAAGGCUUUUUAUAAAUGAAGUUUAAGUUGGAAAUAGGGAGUAGCUCUCGCUUAGCCUCAAAAAAAUGGAAAUUCUCAACUGGCUUGGAAAACAUAGCAAAUCGCAACGAGUAUUGUCGGAACGCCACUUCGUAGCAAAAAGGAGAGUUUUCCUACUGUGACAAGACCUCUCAUAUUUACGCUACUUGAUAGCAAAAGAAGAGUUUUUCUACUAAGACAAGACAUGAUUUUCAUAUAUCUACUUUUAUAUGCUAAAGUGUUGAUGCCAAAGAUGGAUGGCUAAUCUAAGUUAAUCUAUUGUUAUCCUAGGCUAGUUUAUCACAAAGAUGGAUGUGUUGGAUAUUUAAUUAAGAAAACAAUUUUCAUGCUAAGGGACACCCUUUUUUAUAGGCAAAAGCUUUUUGAAACUCAACCUAAUCAAAGAAAAAAGAUUUUCGAAUUUCUACGUGGA